AUGGCCGAGGAGGACCCCGGCCUCUCCCUCCCAACGCCAGACACAGGCUUAGGCGUACCAACACACUUCUACCCAUUCGCAACAAGCCCAGAUAUCAUCCGCUCCCACGAAAAAGAUGUCUACCUAACCAGCAACCUUAUUCAACAAUCCCAAUCUAUCGUCCGCGCCCUCCGUGGCGCCCGCUUCGCCCACACCUACUCAGACGCCAUCAAAUACCUCACGGAAUUGCUCUACUUCACUCUCACCACCGCAAUCGGCAAUCGCACCCUCGGCGAGGAAUAUUGCGACCUUGUCCAGCUAGAAGACGACACCCUCCACCUCCCCACCAUAUCCCGCCGCGUCGGCUACAUCCUCAGCAGCAUCCUGGUGCCGUGGACGCUCUCCCGGCUGCUCCCCGCUCUCAGGCAGCGCGUGCGCAACAAGCUCGAGCGAAACGUCGCCCGCGAGCAAUUCCGCGCUACGCAGGCUAGUCUGCUGCAGAAGCCCGUUAUCGGGUCGAAGCAGGCGCAGAAGCAGCCGUUUUUCACGAAAUUGCGGGUCCAGCAGUAUCUGCUUCAGCAUCUGGAUUCGAUUACCUCGCUUUCGCCGAUCUACGCGUUGAGUAUCGCGACGUUCUAUUUUACCGGCUCGUAUUACCAUCUUUCGAAGCGGAUUUGGAGGCUGCGGUAUGUGUUUACGAAGAAGAUUGAGGACAGUGAGCGGCGGAUCGGGUACGAGGUGUUGGGGGUGUUGAUGGUGCUGCAGAUUGCUGUGCAGGGGUUCUUGCAUGUCCGCAAGUUGGCUCAGAGUGCUAAUGGGGAGGAUGAUAGCCAUGCUGAGGGUGGUGGGGAGAAGGAGAGUGGAGCGUUGCUGAAGUCUGUCGAGAAUCCGGCUGCUGUGCCGCUGUUGUCGGGCUCGACGCCUCGGUAUGACUUGGAAGAAGAUCCCGGAGCUGUUGCAUGGAUUCCGGAGGGGCAGCAGCGGAAGUGCACACUAUGUUUGGAAAUGUUUAAGGAUCCGAGUGUGACAACCUGUGGGCAUGUGUUCUGUUGGGUCUGUGUUAGAGAUUGGGUCCGGGAGAAGCCUGAGUGCCCGCUUUGUCGACAGGAUGUGCUAUUAUCCAAGGUGUUACCCUUGAGAGGAUAA